UGUAAAAUAAUAAAUAUAUAUAUAUAUCGGCUUAAUAAAGUCACUGAAGUCUUCCGAUUCACAUUCGAGAUUCUUUUGUACGCAUCCAUCUGCUUGAUCCAGUAGUAAAAAAUUAAAAACGGAAAAUAUUUUUCGCAGCGCCAAGAUGGCGGCUACGACGAAUGGUAAUGGUAAUCUAGUUGACGAAUUUGAAGAAGCUUUUCAGUCAUGUCUAACCGUGUUAACAAAAGAAGAAGCACUGCCAACAAUGGAAAAAGAUGAAAUUCGAGUCGAGGUGGAUCACACAAUUUUACGCUUCAUUGAUUUAGCUCGUCAAAUGGAGGCCUUUUUCUUGCAGAAGCGGUUUCUGUUGUCGGCUCUGAAGCCAGAAUUAGUCGUGAAGGAGGAUACAUAUGAACUUCGACUAGAACUGGUACGGAAAGAAGAGCUGAUAAAGAGACACUAUGAAAAAAUAGCUGUGUGGCAGAAUUUGCUUGCUGACCUUCAAGGCUGGGCAAAGUCUCCAGCUCAGGGACCUGCUCCCUCUGGCUUACCCAAUGGGAAUGCAGGACCCCAGCCUCCAGCACCCCCUACAGGUGCACCCCCUCAACCAAACCUGCCUAGCAAUAUACAGCAGCAACUUCAACAGCAGCAACUGCAACAACAACAAAUUCAGCAGCAGCAGAUGCAACAAAUGCAACAGCAACAAAUGCAGCAGCAAAUUCAGCAGCAACAAAUGCAACAACAGGGUCCACCAGGAAUCUCUGUAGCAUCAGGUAGUGGGGGUCCUGGACCAAUGGUGUCACCCCAACAAGCGAUGUUCAUGCAGCAGUCUGCAGGUCCACGGGGUCCCCCUGGUUUCCCCACUCAGGGACCAGGUGGAGUGCUGCAAGGACCUUUGGCAUUCUUGGAGAAGACCACAAGCAACAUAGGAAUGCCAGAGGGACGUAGGUGACGAGGGCGGGGGAGGGGGCGGGGCAGAGGCAGGGGGCGAGGGCGUGGGAGAGGACGCGGAGCAUUGGACUAUGGGACUGCCCCCUAAACCCUCCCACUUGAUGGAACUCGAUGUAGUUCAUGUGCUUGGAUUCAUGCUAUUUGAAUGUGGGGAUUAUUAUGUGGAGAGUAUUAUACCAUAGACUUCUAAUGAACUUUCAAUACUGUUCAUGAUUAUGGUAAAACUACAGCUUUGCUCUACAUUGGUGAUGAAACCCCAGAUUAUUCAGUCCCAGACAUUCUAGGAUUCUUUAUAAUGUACUCCAUCCAUAGGUCAAAAUAAAUUACACAUCAGAAACUGUAUAUUAGUGCAAAAUCAUCGUACAUUGCUUAAAAUGUUCUAGUCAGUUUUAUCAACAACACAUUUUUAUGUACUUUAACUCAGUGAUAGUUAUGAUUCAGAAAAGUAUUUAUUUAAUAUUUGUACUCCAUAUGAUGUUCAACUACCCUUUGAGCCACCUGCAUAUUUUAUAAAGCGAAAGCCCAAUUAAAUUUUAAUUCAGGUUCCCCCCCCCCCUUUUAUGUAAAUGCAAGAGUACUUAAAGUAAUAGUGCACUAAAUAAUUUGAAUACUGAAUUCUACUGACUGCCUCUUCAUGCUUAAGAUAUAUAUCACAAAGUUCACAUUCAAAUAGAAUUAAUUACAUGUGUAGUUUGAAGUGGAACAUAGAACAGACUUAAUAUUCUGAGUACUGCUAUUACUUAUGAAUGUUAAAAUAUUAUAUCACAGUAUCAUGGAUGUAAAUUUCAUUCAGCAGCAAAAAUUCUAUAAUGUGCAGUAGAUGAACUCUGAGAUGGUUCAAAGAUACCACCAAGAGGGAAGGCAAUAAAAUGUGAUGCUUUAUACAACAGUAGAACAUUUUUGUUUUCUGGUAAUAUUCCAGCAACUCAUUAGUUUAUCAACAAUGACUUGUUUCUUUGUCAGUCUGCAUCAUCACCCAAGAUGUAACUAAUGUUUUUAGCUUUUCAGCAAAAGAUAUUGCAUGCCAAAGGUGGAGAGAAAUUUGGUUCAUACAUGCGUUUACAUUUCUUUAAGGAGCUUUAACAAAGAAAUGUAUUUGUGGCUAAAAUAUUUACAUUGCCCAUUGAGUAACUUGCAAAAGAAGAGAAGAUGAGCUGGUAGUUGUGUGCAUUCUUAAGCAGCUUAGCUGACUAAAGCCAUCAAUCAGGCAGUGUGCACAGGAUAAUAUUUCCUUUCAAAUGCAUUAAUAGCUUACAGUGAUGAUGAUGUAGAGGAAUAAAGCCUGACAUUUUUGCAGAAUUUUGAUUUUAUGUUGGAGUACAUUUAGUAUCCUUUUGAAAGUCUAUGGGUAAGGAAUCAGUGUAGAAUUAUAUAGCAUUGGAUGUUAAGUUCUGAGUAAACACAGUUACUCUUUACCAAAGAAACUGCAAGUCCUACUGAUGCUUCAUGGCAACUGGCAACCUGAACCGCAUGGAAUUAACACAUCUCUCGUUACAACUCAGACUGCUGCAAGAGAUGAUCUAAUUCAGGUGUUGUGAUUGUAGUGAACACUGUGACGAUGUCAUUUUCUGUUGGCUGUUUAGUCACAAGUUCUUUACAGGUAGUGUCUAAAUAGGGUUAUAGAUUUACAGGAGAAAGAUGGCGAAGUUGUUCAAAUGUAUUGAUGAAAAGACACCAGUUGUAGCCAGUGCUUUUGGAGUAGUAUGUCUGAAGAAAAAUUAUGAGGAACACAGAUACAAAUUGGUUUUGACGGCCUGAAUGAUGAGUUACAAAAAUGUUGACUACUGCCAUUGUAUGUCAUUAAUUUAAUUAGAUUAAGGUUCACAUGCCCCACUAAAAAUUUAAUAAAUGUAUAAUAACAUAUCUGAAAAUGUAUUACUAAGGUGAGGCCUUGGUAAAAGAAAACCUUUGCAACCCAGACAAGUAUAAAUUUCAUGCUGGGAAAUAAAAUAUUGAGAACAUGGUACAUUUAUAAAGCCAAGUUUUUCAUGCCUAUACAUCAUGAUAAAUUAUACCAUGUGUGCUAUAAGAAUUAAUAUCGAGACUACUGUUUGUAUUAAAUGGAGUUACAUUAGCACUGUGAUACUUCGUUUCAUAAAAAAAAUAAUGACCAUUUAUAAACUUGUUUCUACUCAAAUAUAUAUCAAAUACUUUUGAUCUCAGCACUGGAAUUGUACUUACUGGCUCUGUGACCCAGUCAGCUUCUGAUCUGAUGGGUACUGGGGGUUCUCAAGUUGGGGGCUGCAGCGGCCUGCCAAUGUGUUUUGUGCUGCCUGUUUUUUUUAUAAUGCAGUAUUACCCUGCAUGAUGGAAAUUGUUACCUGAUGUCAAAAAGCACAUUUUGUUAAUGUUGAAGUAUAUAAUUUCACAAAGAAGUACAGUUCUUAAUGACUGCAUUUGUAAAUCAACACUGAUGUUAAUGACUAGUGUGUGUCAAAAUUUUCAUUUAGAUGGAUUCAUACCUGCGUCUGUAGUUCAUUCUUUCAUCAUAUUUCUCCUACCUCAUAAUUCCUUUGUCAUAAUUAAAGCUGCCUAGAUUCUGUCUCUGUAUUUUAAACAUAUGACAACUUUAAUCUUUGUGUGCCCUUCCAAUUACUAAAAUGGAAUAUAAAUUAUAGAGUUUCUGUUAAAGUGAAACUGUGUAACAUCAUUCAAAUAAUAUUUCUACUUGUAAAAUAAAUUAUUCAAAGGUGAGUGGGUUGAGAGAUACAUAAUCACUGUUCCAAAAAUGCAGACUACCUGUGGACCCAGCCUAGCUCUUCCUCCAUAAUAUGCAUGAUUUCAGUGUGAGGUAUACUUAAAAAGUACUAUCCACUUCUAGCAUCCAUUUUAUAUGAGUCAAUGUUGCAUAUGUUAUCAAAAUAAUAUGUUGUCCAUUGUCAUUCAAUUAUAAUGAUUGCAUUUUAUUUGUGUAAUGUAUUAUAGUUAUUAGAAUAUGAACAUACAAGUGAUCCACAGUAUAAGCAAAUACACUUAAUCAGCUAAACAAGUGUUUUGAGAAUUUCCUUGUAUAUAAGACAUUUUAAGGACUUUUAUUUCUUCAAGAUUUUUGCCCACUGUGUUUCAUAUGAAUAAGUACCAUCUUCAUCAAUUUGUAUUAGUGCUAUUUUCACUUUGUGUACACUCAUGGUGUUUUUUAAUGCUAGUGUGCAACUUGUAAGCCUAGGAAGAGAAUGUACAUACAGUAGAGUCCCAAUUAUCUGACCUAAAUAGGACCAAAAGACCGAUAAUCAAAAGUGUCAGAUAAUACAGAUGACUAGUGAAAAAAUUCAAGGGUAAAUAUAAAUUCAAUUUUUAAUCAAAUCAACAUUAUUAAAUUAUGAAGGAAAUAUAAUGCCAGUGCCUGAACAACAGUGUGUCUGUAGCUGUUGCCCCCCCCUUUGUUUUUCAGUGUAAGCAAGUGUGGUCUCCGUAGAAUUAAAUCCUCACUAUGACAUUGCAAUCAGAUGAAACAGAAUGUCAGAUGACCAAAGGCUGAAUAAUCAGGACUCUACUCUACAUUUAAUACAUAGUAUGCUGGCAGCUUACAAGUAUGUCAGUGUCUCAUGAAUUAGGAAUACAAAAUUCAUUUAGUGUUAAUGGGUUGAGAAUUUGCACAAAACUCACUGCUUUAAGACUUCUCGAGAAUAAAAUAACCGUGUGAUGUAUUGAUGUUUAUAUAGAAAACCUGAAGUAUGUCAGGUUGUAAGUUCUAUAGAAAUUUGGACCAUCAGCUACAUUUUACCCAUAUAUAAAGUAAGUGGCUUACCAAAGGUUACAGUGGAGUUAAUGAUGCCCAAUACAAAAGUUUGUUAUUAUUUACAUGAAAAUUACUAUUGGAUACUAAAGUGUGUUUAUGGAAUAUACAUAUUAUACACAGAACUGUUAAUUGUGAGGAAAAUGGUGAAAAUCUUUGUAAAUACAAUUGUACAGAAUUCAAGUA